UCGGUGCAGUCGUCACUCUGGUCUGGGUACCAGCCCGCCGCAACCCUGCGCAGGACAGGCUGGCCUCGGGCCCAGGGAAAGCGGAGCAGACUGGCGAGUAUUGGGAUCUGUGUCCAGGGUGCUGGUCCAAGCCCUCAGUGCCUUUACUCCUUGAGACUUGAGACGGACAAUAGCUCGGUGUGGCACAGUUUGUGGCGAAGCCAGUGAAGAAGGAGUGGAGAAAGCUGCGUAAGAUCUGUGGAGUUUUCAGAUACCCUGACUGAGCAUCUUGGUGAAGGAAACGAUGGACUUUUGGGAGAAGCCCUAGAAUCCUACAGAUCUUCCCAUACAUCUACAGUAGGGCUGUUUACCACUGGAAGAAAGGAAAAGGUGGAGACUGGUCUAGGACCAUGGAGGUUGGUGUGAAGUUCUGCCUUCAGGUUUGCUGCAAGGCUUGAGAUGACUGGAAGCAAAGAAGCGAGGAAGAAAUUGCGCCUGAUCAGUAGAGACUGGGUGUAUCACCAAUCAAGAGAAGGAAAGAGGAGGGAACUGCUGCUGAUCAAUACAGGUCCAACUCCAGUGACAGCUGUAGUGGCCUUUGAGCUGAAGACCAGCACCCUUACAGGCCUACACCCAGACCUACCACCCUCUUUCCCCAGCCCAUCUGAGCCCCCCCGUACCUUAUCUGUGCCUUCAGCAGGGGUGACUACAUGGGUCGCGUUCAGGAAGUGGGCUGGGUGACUGCAGGACUGGUGAUCUGGGCUGGUACCUGCUACUAUAUUUACAGAUUAACCACGGGAAGAGCCCAGAGUGUGAGGAGACUUGCCAGCAAUGAGUCUAGAGUCAAGAUGGAGACUGUGGCUGGGGUACAGAACCAGACCUUGGCCACGAGUGAAGCCAUGGAUGGGACAGAGAUUGAGACUAGAUGCAAGGCCAAGACUGGAGCAGAAACUGGAACAGGAGGUGGGGCUGGGGUUGAAGUAAAGACUAAGGCCACUGCUAGGGCCAGAGCCAAAGCCAACUCUCAGGCCAAAGCAAUGACUGGGGCACAGGCAGAGGCCCAAUCUGAGGUCAAAACAGUGGUCAUGACAGAUUCAGGGACUCUGGCUGAGGCCAAAGUCAAAGCCAAGGAAGUGGCCAUGAAAGAGGCAGUGACCCAAACUGACUCUGAGGCUAAGAGAGUAGUCAAGAAAGAAGCAGUGACCCAGACCAAGGCUAAAGCUUGGGGAAUGUUUGCCAGGGCAGAGGCCAAGAAAGAAGCAGUGACCCAGACCAAAGUGGAAGCUCAGAUAUUUGCUGAAAAAGUAACAGAGAUGAGCAGAGUACUUGUGACACAGAAUAAGGCCUUGGCAAUGACCAAGGAAGUGGCCAAGAUGAAUGCCAUAAACAAGACUGGAAUUGUGGUUGAGACCAAAGCAAGAGCCCUGGAAGAGACUGUGAAUGUGCCCAAGACUCAGCCUGAGGCCAGGCCUGGUACCACAGUUGAUGCUAAGGGAAAUCUAAAUACCAUGUCCAGGGCUGAAGCUAGAGUGGACAUAGGGUCUCAUGCACUGUCUCAGGCUGUGGCCAAGAUCCAAGUUGAUGACAUGCCUUGUACUGGGGUUGAAGCUAGGGGAAAUCAGAAAAUUAUGUCUCAAGCAAGGUCUGGGGUAGACAUGAGGGUUUGUGCCCAGUCUCAGAUUGUAACCAGAGCUCAGGCUGAGACCAUGACUGGGGUAAGGGUUGAUGCUAGGGGUAAUACCAAUGCCAUGUGUAAGUCAGGAAUGGGGGCAGAUAUGAGAGCUUCUACACAACCUCAGGUUGUGGCCAAGAAACAGGCUGAGGCAACGUCUGGUGCCAGGGUUGAUGACGGGGGAAAUACCAAUGUCAUAUCUAGGUCAAUGACUGGAGCUGACAUGAAGACUAUUGCUCAUCCCGAGACUAUGUCUGAUUCCAGGGUUAAAGGCAGAGGCAAUUCCAGUGCCAUAUCUAAAACAGGAGCCAAGGCAAACUUGAGGGUCAAUUCCGAGGUUGAAGCUUUGCCUGAUUCCAGGGUUAAGUUCACAGGCAAUCCCAGUGCCAUUUCUAAGGUAGGGGCUGGAACAGAUAUGUUACCCUAUACACAGCCUCAACCUAUGGCCAGUGUCCAGGGUGAAGCCUUGCCUGAUGGCAGGAUUAAGGCUAAGGACAAUGCCAACACCAUGUCUAAGGAAGGGGCUAGGACAGACACAAAGGCACAAUCUCAGGCUUCUGCCAUGAGCCAAGUUGAGGCCUUACCUAGUACCAGAGCUAAGGCUAAGGGCAAAGCCAAAGGCAAGAGUAAGGCAGGAGUCAAGACAGACAUGAAAACCUAUGCACAGCCUCAGGGUGGGGGCAAGACCCAAACUGAUGCUUUGCCUGAUUCCAGGGUUGAUGACAGGGGAGAUCCUAAUGCCAUUUUUAGGGCAGGGGCUAAUGCAGAAAUGAGGGCUUGUGGUCAGCGUCAGGCUAUGGCCAAUACCCAGGAUGAAGCCUUGUCUGGUAUUCAAAAUAAGGUCUGGGGCAUUCCCAAUGCUGUGUCUAAGGUAGGGGCUGGGCCAGACACAGUGGACUCUGUCCAGCCUCGAACAGAUUCAACAGGAUCUGCUCGGCCACAGGCUGUGGCCAAUUCUCAGGGUGAGGCCUUACCUGGUGUCAGUAAUAAGGUCAGGGGAAAUCCCAAUGCUGUGUCUAAGACAGAGACUGGAGCAGAUAAAACAGGUUCUUCACAGCCCCAGACUGUGUCAAAUUCCCAAGGCGAAACCUUGCUUGGUGCCAGGAAUAAGAUCAGGCGCAAACCCAAUGCUGUGCCUAAGUCAGGGACUGGGCCAGAUACAGUGGGCUCUGCCCAUCCCCAGACUGUGGCCAGUUCUCAAGAGAAGGCCUUGCUUAGUGCUGUGAACAAGCUCCAGGGCAAUCCCAAUGCUGUGUCUAAGGCUGAGACUGGAGCAGAUACAAUGGCCUCUGUCCAGCCCCAGGCUGUGUCAUAUUCCCAAGGUAAAGCCUUGCCUGGUGCCAGGAAUAAGACCAGGGGCAAACCCAAUGUGUCUAAGGCAGGGGCUGGGCCAGAUAAAACAGGCUCUGCUCAGCCCCAGGCUGUAGUUAGUUCCCUGGGUGAAGCCUUACCUGGUACUAAGAAUAAGGUCAAGGGUAAUUCCAAUGCUGUAUCUGAAACAGGGGCUGGGCCAGAUGCAAGGGGCUCUGCCCCACCCCCAGCUGUGGCCAAUUCUCAAGGUGAGGCCUUGCCUGGUGCCAGGAAUAGGGUGAAGGGCAAUCCCAAUGCUGUGUCUAAGGCAGGGGCUGGGCCAGAUGCAAUUGGCUCUGACCAACUCCAGGCUAUGACUAAUUCUCGGGGUGAGGUCUUGCCUGGUACUAAGAAUAAGGUCAGAAAUAAUCCCAAUACUGUGUCUAAGGCAGAGGCCAGAGCAGAUGCAACAAGCUCUGCCCAGCCUCAAGCUGUGUCAAUUUCCCAAGGUGAAGCCUUGCCUGGUGCCAGUAAUAAGGCCAAGGGCAAUGCCAGUGCUUUGUCUAAGGCAGAGGCUGGGCCAGAUGCAAUGGGCUCUGCCCUGCCCCAAGCUGUGACCAAUUCACAGGGUGAGGCCCUGUGUGGUACUAAGAGUAAGGUCAGGGGCAAGCCCAAUAAUGUGUCUAAGGCAGAGGCCAGGGCAGAUACACCCAGCUCUGCUCAGCCCCAAGUUGUAUCUAAUUCCCAAGGUGAGUUUUUUCCUGGUGCCAGGAGUAAAGUCAAGGACAAUGCCAAUGCAGUGUUUAAGGCAGGAGCUGGGCCAGAUGCGAUGGGCUUUUCCCAGCCCCAGGCUGUGUCAUAUUCCCAAGGUGAAGCCUUGCCUGGUGCCAGGAAUAAGCUCAGGGGCAAUACCAAUGUUGAGUCUAAGACAGAGGCCAGGACAGAAUCAACAAGCUCUGCCUCACUCUUGGCUAUGGCCAGUUCUCAGGGUAAGGCUUUACCUGGUGCCAGGAGUAAAGUCAAGGGCAAUGCCAAUGCUGUGUCUAAGGCAGGGGCUGGGCCAGAUGCAGUGGGCUCUGCCCUGCCCCAAACUGUGACCAAUUCACAGGGUGAGGCCCUGUGUGGUACUAAGAAUAAGGUCAGGGGCAAUCCCAAUAAUGUGUCUAAGGCAGAGGCCAGGGCAGAUACACCCAGCUCUGCCCAGCCUCAAGUUGUAUCUAAUUCCCAAGGUGAGUUCUUUUCUGGUGCCAGAAGUAAAGUCAAGGAUAAUGCCAAUGCAGUGUUUAAGGCAGGAGCUGGGCCAGAUGCAAGGGGCUCUGCUCAGCCCCAGGCUGUGUCAUAUUCCCAAGGUGAAGCCUUGCCUGGUGCCAGGAAUAAGGUCAGGGGCAAUCCCAAUGCUAUGUCUAAGUCAGGGGGUGGACCAGAUACAAUGGCCUCUGCCCAGCUCCAAGCUGUGGCCAAUUCACAGUGUGUGGCCUCUUUUGGUGCUAAGAUUGAGGUCAAGGUCAAUCCCAGUGCUGUGUCUAAGGCAGGGACUCGACCGGAUGCAGUGGGUUCUGCCCAUCUCCAGACAACGGCCAGUUCUCAGGGUGAGGCUUUGUCUGGUGCCAAGAAUAAGGUCGGGGACAAUCCCAAUGCUGUGUCUAAGGCAGAGGCCAGGGCAGAUGCAACAGGCUCUUUCCAGCCUCAAACUGUGGCCAAUUCUCAGGGUGAGGCCUUGCCUGGUGCCAAGAAUAAGGUCAGAGGAAAUCCCAAUGCUGUGUCUAAGACAGAGACUGGAGCAGAUACAGCAAGCUCUGCUCAGCCCCAGCCUUCAGGCAGUUCUCAUGGUGAGGCCUUGCUUGGUGCCAGGAGUAAGGUCAAGGACAAUCCCAAUGCUGAGUCUAAGGCAGAGGCCAGGGCAGAUACAGUGGGCUCUGGCCAGCCUCAGUCCAUGGUCCUUUCCCAGAGUAAGACCUUGCUUGGUGCAAAGGACAAAGCUAUACUCAAGUCUAAGGCAGAAGCCACAGAAGAAAGUGUUUAUAUAAAUUCCAAGCCUAAGGUCAUGCCCACUUCUGAGAGUGAGGGUGGGACAGGUACUCAGGCCUGUGGAAAGACACAGCCUAAGGUUCAUGACUAUUACUGGAGUGGAAUUGGUAUUGAAGAUUGGGUUGCUUCUGAGCGAUGGAUUAAAUUUAGGUUUCAGGCUAGGGAUGGAUACUGGGAAAAUAGCAUGUCCUGGGCUGAUGAUGAGAAUGAAGCCAAUAUUGAGUCCUGGAGUAGGACUAGUGAUAAGUCUGGUUUUAGGUCCUGGGCUAGGGCUUGUGACGAGGCUGCCAGUAAGUCCUGGCCUGGGGCUAAAGCUGAGAAUGAGGUUGGCAUUGGAUCCUGGGACAGAUCUGGAGACGAAGCCAGUGGGGAUCUCUGGACUGGGAACAAGGCCAUUGGAGGGUCCUGGACUAGGGCUGAGAACCAGGUCAGUGGGGGGUCUUGGGUUGACACUAGGAACAAGGCUACUGGGGAACCUUGGACUGGAGGUCAGGUCAGUGAGAUGUCCUGGGUUGGGGAAAAGGCCAUUGGAGGGUCCUGGACAGUGGCUGAGAACCAGGUCAAUGGAGGGUCCUGGCCUGGGGUUCAAGAGCAGGCUAGUGGAAGGUCCUGGGAUGGGGAUAUGAUUCAGGCAAAUGAAGAUUCCUGGACUGAGGCUAGGACUGGAAAUGUGGCUAGUAUUGGGUACUGGACUGAAGCUGUGGACAAGGCUAGUGGAGAGUCCUGGAUUGGGACUGCUGAUCUACCUGGUGGUAGAUCCAAGCUUAGAUUUGAUAAUCAGGCCAGUGAAAAUGUAUCCUGGGCUGGGGCUGCUGGCCAGGGCAGUGGAGGGUCUAGGUUGGAGUCUGAGGACCAGUCCAGUGGAAGCUCCUGGGCUGGCACUGCAGAUCAAGCCAAUGGAAUGUCCAGGCUAGGGCCUAUGGACCAGUCCAGUGGUGGGUCCUGGGCUAGGGCUGAAGAACAAGCUGAUGGAGGGUCUACACCAGGGUUUGUGGACCAGUCCAAUGUUCGGUCCUGGGUUGGCACUGGGAAACAGGCUAGUGGAAGGUCCUGGGUUGAGGCUGGGGAUCAGGCAGGUAGCUGUUCCAAACCUGGAUUUGAGGAUCAGGUCAGUGGAGGAGGCUUCCGGGCUGGCACUAGGGAUCAGACUGGUAGAAAAUCCUGGGCUGGAUCUAGGCUGGGGCCUGAGAAUCGGACUAGUGGAGGGUCCUGGACUAGGGCUGGGGACCAGGCCUGUGGAAGGUCCCAAGUCAGUGCUGGGGAGGCCAAUGAAGGAUAUUGGUUUGGGGCUGGGAAUGAGACUAGUACAGGGUCCUGGUUCUGGAGAGGAGAAGAGGCUGGUAUAGUGCCCAGGCCUGAAAGGAAAAAUGAACCCAGUGUUGAAUCCAGAUCAGAGGUUGAAGAAGAGAGCAUGGUUAAUUUCAGAUUUAAGGUUGAAAACAAGGCCAGUAUUGGGUCUUGGAUCAGAUCUGAAGAGGAGGCCUUUAUGGAUUCCUGUGUAGGGGCUGAGGCUGGAGCUGAGGCCAGGAAAGAGUCUUGGCUCUGGGAUGAAGAUGCGACCACUACAGGGUCUAGGCUUGGAGCUGGAGAAGAGCUUGGCAUGAGGUCCUGGACUUUGGCCGAGGAUAUAGAUGAGGAUGAGCUAAGUAGAGCAUCCAGCCCUGAUAUUGAGGAGAUCAGUUUAAGGUCCUUGUUUUGGGCUGAGAGUGAGAACAAUAAUGAGUACAGAUCCAAGAGUGAGAAAAAUGUCAGUUUUGAGUGUGGGGCUGGAGAUAAGGCCAGCUCCACAGAUAAGCUUGAGGCUACUGGUGGAGUUGAUGUAAGGUCUUGGUUCAGGGAUGGUAAUGAAAACAGAAGUGAAGACAAAUCUGCACCUAAGACUAAAAAAUCAUCUGAGUCUAGAGGCACGUACCCAUGCAUGGUUCCUGGGGCAGGAAUGGGGUCAUGGGCGGGAACCAUGAUCUGGACAGAAAUGAAAUUUCCAUACCAAAAUGAGCCGUACUUACCACCUGAAAAGCUCAGAAAGCAGGUCAGGUCCGGGGAGAAAGCUCAGCCCUGGGCCUGCCGCUGUAAACACAAAACUAAUAUGGAUCCACGAGAGCUUGAAAAACUCAUUUGUAUGAUUGAGAUGACUGAAGAUCCUUCUAUUCAUGAAAUAGCCAAUAAUGCUCUAUAUAACAGUCCUGAUUGUCCAUUUUCCCAUGAAGUUAUUCGUAAUGCAGGUAGAAUCUCAAUUAUUGAAAGCUUGCUCAAUAAUCCCCAUGCCAGUGUUAGGCAGAAGGCUUUAAAUGCACUAAAUAACAUCUCCGUGGCUGCUGAAAAUCAUAGGAAGGUUAAAACAUACUUAAACCAAGUAUGUGAAGAUACCAUCACCUAUCCCUUGAAUUCAAAUGUGCAGCUGGCUGGACUAAGAUUGAUAAAGCACCUGACUAUUAUUAGUGAAUAUCAGCAUAUGGUUACAAAUUAUAUUUCAGAAUUCCUUCGUUUGUUAACUGUGGGAAGUGGAGAAACUAAAGACCAUAUUUUGGGAAUGCUUUUGAAUUUCUCUAAAAAUCCAUCUAUGACAAAAGAUUUACUCAUAGCCAAUGCACCAACAUCAUUAAUUAAUAUCUUUAGCAAGAAAGAGACAAAAGAGAAUAUUCUUAAUGCUCUUUCACUAUUUGAAAAUAUAAAUUACCAUUUUAAAAGAAGAGCAAGAGUAUUUACCCAGGACAAUUUCAGCAAAAAUUCCCUUUAUUUUGUAUUCCAACGACCUAAAGCAUGUGCCAAGAAACUUCGAGUCUUAGCAGCAGAAUACAAUGACCCUGAGGUGAAAGAAAGAGUUGAACUAUUAUUAAGUAAACUUUAAUAAGUUGUAUGUUUACAAACAAAUCUGGGUAAUAUUUUGGUUUUGCAGCCUGGGAGUAAUGCACUUUGUAAAUUGCAUUAUAACUUUGAUACUGAUGUUACUUAUGAUGGUCUAUAGCUGGACCAUUUUAUGGACACCAAAUUAAUUCAAACUUGUACUGAAAAUACAUGUGUUGAUUUUUACCUUGUCUGGAUUGAGAUGUUUUUAGUAUGCUUCAUGAGCAGAAACUAAGCUGAUUCUUCAUAAGUAAGGUAAUCUUUGGUCCUUUGUGUGGACUUAUGUUUAUACAUUUGAGAUUUUAUUUUUGUCACUAAUAAAGUUGUGUGUUUUAAGCAGAAAAAAAAAAA